GGCACCAUAAGUUCAACAUUCAAUGUUAUACAUUGGAACGAUGAUUGGUAGAUGUUUUGAAAGUGUCCAUUUCAUUGGUCAAAAAAAUCUAGUAUUGAACAUGGCUCUGACGUGCUGCUGAUAUCCGCGAAAUGAUAACAUUAAACAUUAUGGUGUCGUUGUGAAAAAUGUGCAAUAUUUUAAAACUCGAAUGGUGCAUGUGAAAUUAUCCAAUUGUCUCCGGAAGAGCUUUGACCGUCAUUAAUAUUGCUCAUAGAAUGGCCUUAGUGACCGUACAAAGAAGUCCCAGUUCUAAUAAUUCUCCUACUGAUGACAGAUUAUUGCCAAGCUUCAACAAUGAAAUGGAAACAAAUCGAAAUCGCAAAAGCCUCAGCGAAUGCUACUUCGCCGGCAAGGGCACGGCGCUGGUGCUACCGGACGCGUCAUCGUCUCACGGCACCGCCUCCGACGCCAGCGGUGGUUUUCCUGCCGGAUCGUCCCCCUUGGCGUUGCGACGAUCAGGGGCAGGGCUACACGACGCUUGUGACGGCGCUGCACCCCGACGAGAUGGCAGCGCCGACAGUGGUGAGAGGCGGACCAAGGAAGCCGCCUCCGCUGCUGAUCAGGAGGACUUGGAGGUGGCGAUGCGACAGGCCAAUCCGUCGCAAUCACCCACCUAUGGUAGUAGUAACAUACAGCGCCAUCUGCAGUCGAUGUUCUAUCUGCUCAGGCCCGAGGAAACUUUGAAAAUGGCAGUGAAAUUAGAAAGCGUUCACCCUACUCGUACCCGGUACCUGGUAGUUGUAUCAAGGAUGGGCACUAGAGGCGAGGAGUCCUGCCUGCUGGGCAUCGACUGCAAUGAGCUUACCACUGUUGGACUAGUCCUUAGGGUGUUGGCUAAUACGCAGAUCACUCUCGAUGGAGAUGGUGGCUUCAGCGUCACAGUAUGUGAUAGACAUCAUAUUUUCAAGCCAGUUUCUGUACAAGCUAUGUGGUCGGCCCUACAGACGCUUCACAAGGUGAGCGGCAAAGCCCGGGACCAGAACUACUUCCAGGGCGGCGGUACCCACGGUUGGGUGGAUUACUACGAGCAAAGGAUCCACUCUGACCGGUCCUGCUUGAACGAAUGGCACGCCAUGGAUAAUCUGGAGUCAAAGAGGCCACCAUCGCCGGACUCUAUCAGGACGAAGCCUACCGAAAGGAAGGAGACAGAAAAGGUUAUUCGAACAACGUUGAAAGAAAUCAUGAUGACCGUAGACCUGGAUGAAGUAACGAGCAAGGUGAUCCGCAGUCGAUUGGAAGAGGAACUGGAUAUGGACCUGGACGAGUACAAGUCUUUCAUUGAUCAGGAGAUGCUGGUGAUUCUCGGCCAGAUGGAUGCGCCUACGGAAAUAUUCGAUCACGUUUACCUAGGGUCGGAGUGGAAUGCGUCGAAUUAUGAAGAGCUGACGAAGAACGGGGUUGGUCAUAUUCUGAACGUAACCCGCGAGAUAGACAACUUCUUUCCGGGUACGUUCGACUACCUGAAUGUGCGCGUGUACGACGACGAGCGCACCGACCUGUUGAAGCACUGGGACGACACCUUCAAAUACAUCACGAAAGCGAAAUCCCAGGGCAGCAAAGUCCUGGUGCAUUGCAAGAUGGGGGUUAGCCGGUCUGCGUCCGUCGUUAUAGCCUACGCGAUGAAGGCGUACAAUUGGGACUUCAACACGGCGUUGAAACAUGUCAAGGAGAAACGGAGUUGCAUCAAGCCGAAUCAUAGUUUUUUGUUGCAGCUGGAGACGUAUCAGGGUAUACUGGACGCAAUGAAGAACAAGGAGAAACUACAGAGAUCCAAGUCUGAAACUAACCUGAAAUCACCGAAUGACACGAGCAGUAAUACCGAUGGUGAAACUAGCAAACAUGAUAAAAAGACAACGUCAAUCAGCGAAUCAUCGACAUCUACAGCACAACUAAUGUUCAAAUCGUACGCGGAAUUGGAAAGGCGAACUGGCCAGGAGCUGAGAAGGGCCGGGGCGCGGCCCAAGUCGUGGUCACCUGAGAACCCGAAGUCGUGGGGGACAUCGGCAACAGCCGCCAAAUCUUCCCCCGCUUUCAUGUCCCUAGAGGACUUGAGCCAAAACGGGGGCAGCCCCAGUACCGCUGCCUGUCCCACCACAAGCAGUACAGGGGGCGGCGUAAACCAGGCCACUGCUCGGCAUGUUUUGAUGCCAUUCGACAACGGCGAGACGUACAGCGUGUCGCCCAAUCAGAUCGUUCAUCUGCCUGGACACGAUAGCGGUGGUGGGGGGACGACAGGAGGCGGCAGCAACCCGUCUACGGUUAAGGUGUGCGUGUUGAAUCUGGCCACGCAGUUCGAGAAGGGUGAAAGUUCCUGUUUUACCAGUAGUAGUGACAAGGACAAAGAGCCAUGGGAUCCUGGAGAGCAUACUGAAAACCAAAGUACAACAACUGCAUCUACUGUAACAAGUGAUUUAUGUAAUUCAAAAACUAUUGUUAGCUCAGAAAAUAUAUGGACGUCAACAGUUCGGACUGAAACAACUAGUGUUGUGGUACAUAGUAAUAAUAGUGAUGAUGGCGUGUCGAAAGUUCCUGUGAGGAUAGAGGAUCCGUUUUCCAAUCAUCUGGAUAGGGUGUUUGAUAGAGAGGAAAAGAGGCAGCUGCAAACUGAAGAUGAACAACCUGCAAGGGAAUGUCCGUCGCGACAAAGUUCAUGGAGUUCUUAUGAUUCGGCUGUGGUAUGUGAACUGUCAAGGCAUAGUUCGUGGGGUUCUGGAGAUACCAGGACCUUACCAAGUAGGAACAGUAGCUGGGGAUCGUAUGACAUGCGGCCCCGAGAGAAAGGUAUGGUAAAACGUUCCAAACAAAAGAUCGAGGAGUAUUCUGCUAGAAAAACAAGUGGAAGCGAUAGCCUCGCAAGCAGCUGUGUUUCUUUAGCCAAAACGCCGAGCUCUGAGACGCUUUUGUUCGAUUUUGCACCGGAUCAAUCAGAAACCAAUCGUACGGAUCCUAUUGCAGUGUCGGCAAAGAUCAACAUUCCGCAGGAUGACAGUUCCGCUAACUCCAACUCGGAAGCGUAUUCACGGCUAUCAAUCAGCGCUCCGGAGCCAUCGUCCAUGGAAUUUGUGUCGCAGGAGGGAUCAUUAUCAUUGUCAGCAUCCAACGUCUCACCAUCGGUUAUAAGUACCACUCAGUGUUCCUCGGUCAAACAGCACAGAAGUUUCUUGGAGAAUAUGCAAAAUAACAGCAGUGCUGAUAAUCAUAAUGUGAAAAAGGUGGAAGGAUUACUGGACAGUUCCGGCAAAGUGCAAAAUCUAAAGAAAGAGUUCGAAGCAAAAUCUAAUAUCAACUGCGAGCAAACGGAAGAGGUGAAAAAAGGCGGAAAAAGUUUACCUUCUUCACCAGUCAGUGUUCAUCAAGCCAAAGAGGAGAACAAAGAGGACUUCAAGAGUUUGAUCGGGAUGUUCGAGAAUAACCAUCAGGUCAACAAAAGGCCGCACAGAAUGACGAGUCGGGCGACAAAUCAUCAUCAGCAUGCCAACACGGCUAGGUACUCCUGCAUUGAAGUAUCACAACGAUUCUAUCCAGAAAAAAGCGACAAGCGUCCUCCGAUAGCUCCUGUGGUACGAACUGCUUCACCCGCUAACCUGGUGGCAACAGUCAUUACCGCAGCGGCGAAGAAAAAACAACAGCAGUACGGCAAAAGUCACCCUUUGGCCAAACUGAACGUACGGCCAAGGCACAACAACCCAGUUUACAACACAAUGUAAUGCUCAAAAUGUACGGAAAAUGGCUGUGAAUGCACUCUCUCUAUCUCUCUACUCACACACACACACACUCUCCCUGCGCAGUAGCGUUUCGUCCUUGCUGGAAUUCGAUGAGUGGGUGUAGGUUUCGACAUUUAUUUAUUUUUGUACUUCUGUGACUGCAAUACACGAGUGGAGUUUCAUCUAAAUUGAGGUGCUCAUUUCAAAACGACUGUACGACUAUACCGAGUAUCCAAAAUGGUGUCAAUAUUGUUGAGAUAUCAGAAACUAUAAAAGACGUAAGGUACUGUUAUCAUAAGCAACUUUUGAUGGCAACCCAACUUCAGUUAUGUUGCCCGUGUGUUCCUACCGAAAGUAACUGCCUUGAGGUUGUAGACAAAGUAACUGUCUCUAUACUCAACUAAUAAGAAUAUGGUCUUCUUCUUUAUUCCUUAUGGCUUAUGCACAAUCCAGCAACUCGGUCGUUGUGAUUGGACCUUGCCUGACUCACAGCCAUUUACAAGUCACAGUAUUGUCUUGAAUUUUUAUGCUAAAAAUACCUGACACUUCUGUUGAAAUUACAUCUAAAUCGUAUAACUACUGUGUAUAAUAAAGAUCUAUAUACUUGCUAAAACUGGUAUGGAGAGGUUAGUCGAACAGAGGUAUAGACUUAUUUCAUACUGAGGCAGUGGAAAUGUAAACUCUAAAUAGAUUCAGUUUCUAGAGAGUUCUGGAUUCAAAAAAUCGUAUAUGUGAUUUACUUCACAGAUAAAAUCAAGCAGAUGAAUAUGUAGUAUUCUUUUGUUCGCCAAAAAAAUUCCCAAAACAUUAAUACAUAUGCAAAGAAUGAUCUACAGAAAGCAACAUCUUGUAUGCAAACAUAUUUCUUGAGUCUGCUGAUCCUUCCUCCAGUAUUGGGAUAUUUUUAACACUGUUGCUCCAACUGAGACAAUUCAAAGGACAGAAAAACACUAUAGAUAAGUACUUUCGUCUGAUUAAUAUUUCUUCAAGGAUAUGACCUCAUUGUUAGCUGAACUGUACACGAUGACAUCCACACAUGACAUUCUUCAACUCCAAUCGGACUAACGAUGGCAGUGCCAGCAAUCAUUAUGCAAAUCGUCGAUACCCUCAUUACGUGAUGUAACCUCUGCUUCAACCUUUGAGCCUUUCAACCAUUGAUAUGGUUGAAAGGCUCAAUAUCUGUGCUAUAUUCUAUUAUCGGAGUCACGGUAAUCGUGCCAUUCCUCCAUAGGUGGCGUUCGCAGCGAGUAGACACCGCAUGGGCUAGCGAUUACCUAAUACACAAAUGGCAAGUCUGGCGAUCAGAUCGCUGUCAUAGGGAUUAUUUUACAUAAUACUGGUACAGCUUGCCGUUGCUUUUGUUAGAACGCUUGUAUUUGAAUACCUGUGCCUAUUGGCAGUUGCUUUCGGCGAGAACAGUCCCUAAGACAUUUGGUCAAAUAGAGAUGAUUAAUGCGUACUCGGUACAAAAUCCAGGUAAAACCCUAACUGAAAUACCGCAUACAUGGGAGCUAUUGCCCAGAUAUUGCGUAUAAUUGAUGCAGUUGGAAGAAGGGCAACCCUUCAUAUUGGUGACAUUUCCUUAAUAAGCGAACUCGGGCAUUUUUUACAUUGGAUGACGCGCGAUGUCCUGAUUCCAUUCUACCAAUAUGUCAAUCCAGUUUGUUUCUGCUGGACAGGUUAUGACCACUCAUUUGUUUUCUUUCUACUAGAAGACUUCUUCACUGUAGUCAUAGUACUCCUUCAUUUAGGCUUUAUCUAGGAUACAACAUGAAACUACAGAGUUUGUGAUUACUGUUAAUUAUACCUUUACACCUGCGCGCCUGGUUAGGCGAGAAAUAUUUGAAAACACUGAUUUGACCAUAUAUUUUAUUCUUUAUCGUUUCUGAUAUCUUUUCGGUACCAAUUUUUAUCACUCUGUGUGCACAGACACUGAUGAGGCCCAACUUGAUUAUUUCAAGAUUUAGCUUACUCAUGCUUGAACGUAUUUGUCUCUGUUUCAAAAGUUGCCAGUGAUAAUCCAAAAUUGAGUUGGGCUUUAAAUAUUGUUUGUCAUCACAAUAUUUUAUAAUCUGUGUUUUAUUGUAAAAGAUGACAGAGACGUCAUAUACAUUGAGUAUCUGCGCUGUCGAUAUGAUGGCGUGUCAAGGUGUGUGUUGGGGUCUCUGAUGUGUCUAGGUUUUUUCGUACAGUGGUUGUAAAUUCUGCCUAUAUAGCGUAGCAGAAUGAACGGAAUUUGUGUGGCGAGAUAUUGGAGACGAUCACUGACAGGUUGGGGACAGUUGUACGAACCGGGCUUCUAAAUUCUGAUGAAACAGAGUAUACGAAAAAAGGGACAUAUGUUGAGGAAAUGUGUAUUAGCAAAAUACUGGACAAAGAAGUUUGAACGCAGAUAAUUAUUACUGACAGUACUGUCAUAUUUUAUGAAACCAGUACUAUUUAUUCGGGUUACAGAAAGGAAACCUUCUUGACCGUUUGUUGGAAGUGUGCAGCAGAAUUUUGUAGUUUACGCUCGCAAUAGUGACGGUUUGCUAAAGACAUUCAAGUUGAAAGACUAUUCUGUAAAUCGAAUAACUUUUUGUAAAUAACAAAUAGCAAAAAUUAUAAAUUAGAAAACAAAUGUAUUGCUUAUUUGUAUAAAGGCGAAGAUAUUUUUUGAUCUUGUUACUGAUUGUAAAUUUUGUAUAGGUUUCUACGAACUGUUUUACUUUUCUUGUGAUCCGUUUGUUAGUGAAAAAAGAACACUUCAAGUUAAUAACUAACUGCCAAAAAUGUUCAAACUGUGGACCAUACAUACAAUAAGUACACUUGCAGGUUAGCAGUGAUUGGAAAACACAUGUUCUUUCAUUGGACGAUAGAUACAUCAUUUUGGGGCGCGACUAGUCAUCAGAAGCUGCACAAUUCGAAUGUUCGCCUACGAGAUUUUGAUUACACAUGCACAUAAAAUGAUCACGUUAUAUAUCGAAAAGAAGGGUACUUUCCACCAACCCUCAAUCUGAAUGUGAUAAUGUGUAUUUUAAUUGUUUGAAAACAUUGUACUGCGUCUCAUUUUAGUUUUGCUGUAAUGUAACUCAUAAAUAUCAAAAAUCUCUUCACUUCACUGGAACUUCAAAAUUACCAAUCAGCUAUUAAUGAAAGCUAUAAACCAGAAUCUUGAUGUAUAUAGUUGACGUGAGCAAAUGAAUAUAAGCUCAGAUCCCAUAAAACUUCAUCUACAUUCAUAAACAAAAAAUCUUAUAUUGUCUGCGGCGAUCAGUAAUACAUGUUCAUUCUUACCACGAGCAAUGAACCGAAGAAUAUAAAAUAUUGAUAAUAAGAAGAGGACAUACGGUGGGGUUCAAACUUGGCUGAAACCGCAGUGCGUACGAGAUAGAAGCGUCCAAUAUGUAUGUUGGAAAGAGUACGCCGAUGGCAUCCUUGACCUCGACACUAGGCAACGAGGUGCUUCUAUAUUUUUCUAACACACAUAUUGCAUGCUUUUAGCGCUUCUCUCUGAUACACAUUAUGACGUCAGUGUUAUUUGGUUUUCAGUGUACACAUAAAGGCUAUGUCUACUACAAAGCUGUUUCUUUGAAAGUUGCUCGUAAGAUACUAUUCUUACCAAAAGUAACCCAAUGACAACCCGACUUCGAAUUCAGUUACGUUGCUUCUGCUUUUUUACUGAAGCAAUUGCCAACCAACUGGUGUUGAGGUAAGAUAAGAUAAGAAAGCGGAAUUAAAACAGAUUUGGUCUUAAAAUUUCACAAAUAAAAUCUAGCCAGCUCAGUAUCAGCAUAGACAGUAUUUUUGCGUAUCAAAAACUAGAAAUAUAUAUAUAUAUAUAUAUAUAUAUAUAUAUAUAUAUAUAUAUAUAUAUAUAUAUAUAUAAAUAUGUGUACAAGAAAAGAUAUACGGAACAUACUUCUUGGGCCUAAUCACCGAAUUUAAAUAGAUUAGGAGCCAAGCUUCUAUGUUUACAUUGCAUUUGUGUCGUCAAAAUUGCGUAAUUUUAGUGCAUAGUGUUGACUGAUUUGGCUGCAAAUGCCUAAUAAAAGGGACAGCGCUAUAUCAACACAAUACUAAUACUUACCAGUGGCAACAUCUGCCUUCUUAUGCUUGUGCCACUCUAUGCAAACUGUGUAAGAAGUAUCAUGUCUUAAAAUCGUCUAACACCACAAUUAUCUGCAAACGCUCGCUGUUUUAAAUAAUUAGACGCGUUUAAUGCGUCAAGUGCACUUUGAUCCUCACUACAGACAAACAUCUUUGACAGGCUCCUUCUACCUAGUCUGAAUUAGUUGAGUCCAAUGAACACUCGUACUCUAUCAACUUGAUUGCCACACUUCUCGUCUCAACUGUAGUUCUCCUGGAAGGUUUGCAAUACUGUUACUCCGACUGAAUCAUAUCAAACAACACAAAACGUUUAGAAAUAUGCGAUCAAUAAUUUUCUGCUGAUACGAUCUUAACAUUAGCUGAUGUGUCACAUUCACAGAUGACAUCUGUCAUCAGGUAGUAGGCAACUCCAAACCUACUUGCGACGGCAGGUCGAGCAACUGGUCGCAUUAUCUGUUGUCGUGUUGCGGUUGCCAGUUGCUUUCGGUGAGAAUGGACCCUAAUAUAAACCGCCAGUUCCUAUAUUUUCAGAAAAUUCGAUAUUAAUUUCUAUGAAAAUUAUCUGUAAUCUUCCUAAAACUUAGUUGAAGAAUGUAUUUAUAUAUGCCCCAUUCUAACAAACAUCACAUAAAAAGACUGAGUGACAAGUUGAAUAGCCGCAUGCAGGAAUCAACAGCACUAUAGUUCCUUGAAUGCCCCAAUGUUUCCAUUUAGACAUUCUAUCAUGCAUAGGUAUUUUACCGUUUUUGGUAUACAAGAUGGGAAAUAUGCCCCCAAGUUGCACUACACAAUAACCCUUACCGAGUAAGUACUGGUUCACUCAUAACAUUGACUUGGCUGUAGGUGAUUCUAGUCCAGUGUACAUGGCAGAUUCAGAUUUUCAAGCUUAAAUCGAGUAUGAGCCCUCAGUUUAAAGCUAUCAACUACCUAAUAGGUAAGGAAUGAGCUCACAUUUCAAUAAUUAUAACAAAUUAGUACAGCCUCCCAAGGGUUUCUAUAUUAGAAAAAUUAAAAACAGCAUAAUUAUGUGUAUUGAAAAUGAAGAUCAUUCCGCCCUGUUUGAAAGACAGUUAAUGUUUCCCAAGUUUUUUAGUAAGUCAUUAAUUAACCCAUAGUACAGCAAAUAUGGGGUAUUUCGAUAAAAAAAAAUGAAAAAUUACUUCAAUUGAGAAAUGUCGUAGAAGACCCAAAUUGAAUGAGAUUUUUACAAUUCCAUACUAAACAUGGUCUGUUUUAGUAUUCAUACGAUUUUUUCUAUUGUAAUUGCAUUUUAGUAACCGCUGGGAAGCCAGUGUAAUGUUAAAGCUUAAUAAUGGUUAUCAGUAUAUGUGUAUAUAUUUGGAACAAUGAAGGUUUUUACCAGGGACUUGGGAAAUUUGAUUUUCGUUUGACAAAGUUUGGAAUAGUACUUGAAAGGAAAUUAUUGUUGCGGGCUUUUAUAAGAAGAUUGGAACUAAGUAUUUUGGCUGAAUCUUAUCAGUUUGACAACAUAAUAUCAAUAGUAAAAUGGAAGAUUGAUCAACAUCAAUAUUUUAUUACAUCUAAAACUGCAUGCAGUUUCUAUCUUGAAAGUUAUUUUCCACAUUAUAACAGUGUAUAUUCCCUUGGGUUAACUCUGUAGAAACGAGCCAUGUAAAUAACAAAAGAGAAAGGUUGACGAUGUUAACUGUGUUAUAGCAUAAUGUAGUAGAAAACGAUUUGUUGGUAGAAACAUCCAUUGUAUUCGUGUCAAAUUCAUUGAUGAGGUUUACAUGGUUUUACGUUAUAUUGUUGUAUUUAAACACAACAGAAGUAAAGUAUGAUUUUGUGUGUCAUAGAAUUAUUUUCUUUCACUUGUACAGCGUGUUCAUUCUGGAUCGACUCAUCCAGUACGCAGUUUUAGAUCUGUAUAUUUUUAAGGUCAUCACUUUUAGUUUAGGAUUAUGUCGCUCAACAUAAUCUCCUAUUGCUUUUGUUUGUAUUUGUGAUAUUUUUUUGGUACUGUAUAUGUAAAAUAUGAAUUAUCGCUUAAAAACGUUCUGAAACUGUAAGAAUAAAAAUGAUUGUUUAGUAUAUUAA